AUGUCCCUAGUUGUGCGGGUGACCCUGGCUCCCCUUGUCACCCGCGAAACAGUUUCUUCAUACGGGUUAAAUAAAUAGUAGUUUGAUUGGCAGGUCCUUGUGAUAAUGAGACGUGUGCGGUUUUAUAUGAUAUAAUUUGGUUUAAUGCACGUAGGAAUGCAUCAUAGCGGCUUUUCAAUGAGAGGAAAAGGCCCGCUUUUAUUCUUAUAACCUCAACAAAAGUAUGACACACCAUGUGAUAUGAUACUCGCUUUUGUAUCCUUUAUAAUCUUAUCGGAUUUAUUCAACAUCUUGAAACAAUUUUAUAGUAGUGACGAGUGAAACGCUUUAUCGUGUGAUUGGACUUAAUGACCGAAUAUCAGCUGAUGUGGAAUAUUUGUAGAUUAUUAUAACAGUAAAAGUAUCUAAUACGAGAUAAAUGACACCUGCUUUAACAUCGUGUUAAAUACGUUUCAUGUUAAUGGGUAGUGAUAUUUUAUAAUAAAGAUGUCGUUUGAAUUAACUACACAAAUUUCUAAUGAUGGAACUAUUGGAGAUGAGGAAGAAAAUGUUGCAUCUCCCGAUUCUGAAUAUGAUGAUUUUCUGGGAGUUCCUGAUUCCUUAGAACUGUCUAUAAAUGAGGAUGGAGAGCCUAAUAGGUUGAAGGGUAAAGAUGAAGAAGGAGUCGAUAACAAGGAUUGUGUUGGAGUUAUACCCUUUACAGCAAUACAUGCACCACCUGUAAAAUUUAAGAGCCAGAACCGCAAUAUCUUUAUUCCAAGAGAGGAAAUAUUUGUUAAAAUUGUGGAUAAUGAACGAAGUGUGACAACACAUCCACUUAAUCCAAAUUUAUAUACGAUAGAAUUUACUCAUGGACCAUUUACAUGGACAAUUAAAAAACGAUACAAACACAUCCAAUACCUGCAUAAUCAACUUAAAAUAUAUCGUGCAAGUUUGAAUAUACCAUUUCCAUCUAAGAGUCACCGAGAGAGAAGAAACAGUUUAAAGAACUUGGGAAGCACUAGAAAAAAAGGCAGAAGGAUUAGAGGUGCCCUACCAAGGUUUCCAAAUAAGCCAGAUGGUCUGGUACCUUAUGAACAUCUAGGUCAGAGGAUGAGCGCAUUGGAAAAAUACCUGGAUAAUUUGCUUAAAAUAGAAAUCUAUAAGCGUCAUCCAGAAACCAUUAGUUUCAUGGAAUUGUCGCACUUGUCCUUCAUUGCCGACCUGGGAAUGAAAGGUAAGGAAGGUAUAGUUGGGAAGCGAACUGGUUCCGCCGGAAAAGCUAGCUGUAACUUCUGUGGGCUCCUGGAAGGUAUGUUGUGCGUACGAUGCAACUAUUUUUGCACGUCACUUUGUGGUACAUGGCACUCUCGUCAUCUCAUCGUGAAGGAUACCUUCGUUGCAUACAUCAGACCUAAGGAUGGCAGAGUCAAGUCUGUCAUUCUCAUGGAUAAUAGAUUUGAGGUCAGCUCAGGAAUGUACUCUACGGGUGUGAGAAAUGGUUUACAAAUAAUGAAUCAUAGCAGACAGAUCGUAAUCAAAUGCUGGACUAGGAGGAAGGCCAAAGAAUGGAUGGAGUUUAUACAGAACGUGGCCAGGAAUGAAGGAAGUCCAUUUAUUCUCGCGAAUCCACACAAAUCAUUCGCUCCUUAUCGUUCACCGAUAUCAGCAUCCUGGUUUGUGGACGGCGCUGGAUACAUGUCUGCCGUAGCGGACGUUCUAGAAAACGCCAAAGAGGAAAUUUUCAUAGCAGAUUGGUGGCUUUCGCCGGAAAUAUACAUGAAGAGACCAAUGCUGAACGGACAUUACUGGAGGCUAGAUAAUAUACUACAGAGAAAAGCAUUAGAAGGCGUCAAAGUAUUCGUACUUAUAUACAAAGAAGUGGAGCUCGCUAUGGGUAUAAAUAGCUUCUACAGCAAGCAGAAACUUGUUGAAAAGUGUCCAGAGAAUAUAAAGGUUUUAAGGCAUCCGGAUCAUGCAAGAGUUGGCAUAUUCCUUUGGGCCCAUCAUGAAAAGAUCGUAGUGGUAGACCAGUCAAUUGCAUUUCUAGGAGGUAUAGAUUUGUGUUAUGGUCGAUGGGAUAACAACGAGCAUAGAUUAACCGAUCUAGAUUCAGUUCAUCAGUCCAGUAUUUAUAUUCCAUCGAAGGGUAAACUCACUAGCACAAGCAGUAGACGUACUACAACCCCCAGUAUUCAGAAACAUGCAUUAUUGCCAUUGGCCAUUGCGACAAACACUGUUGCAAUGGCAACAGCCAAAUUCAUAUCAGUAUUACCCUUGUUAAAUAAAGAACCUCCAACACCUAAACCUUUGCCAAUAUUAAAAUCUGGUGAUCCAUUAAUGAUAUCACCGCCACAAGGAAUGGACAGUUUCAAGUGUAACACUCCAGACUCACAAAGAAAAAAUUUAUUUGGUAUGGCCAAAACUACUGUAGAUAAAGUUCGAUAUAAUGUAAGAAUGAAGAGGAGGGAAUGGAUAAACAUGGUGUACAGUCCACACGAGGGAGAAAGUAGCGACGAAGAGAUAGAGGAUGUGGUUGAUACUGCCACUGUAGACACUCCAUUGGGCGAUGGAGAAGGUAUAACGUGUAACAGCGCAGAUAUAAUUUCCGAUCUAUCAGGAACUGGCAAGCUCUGGCUUGGCAAAGACUAUACAAAUUUUAUUGUCAAGGACUUUGCUAAUCUUGAAAGACCUUAUCAAGACCUGGUGGAUAGGAGUACUACACCCAGGAUGCCCUGGCACGAUAUGGGAGUCAUGGUCCAGGGUGCUACUGCCAGGGACGUUGCUAGACACUUUAUAGAAAGAUGGAACGCAAUAAAGCUAGAGAAAGCAAAGUUAAAUGCAACCUAUCCAUUCCUGCUGCCUAAGUCCUACAAGAAUUGUAGCAGUAGCGCUCAAUUUGUAGAUACAACGUACAACGUAAAAUGUCAAGUUUUGCGCUCGGUAAGUUCCUGGUCCAUUGGGUUUCUGGAAUCAGAUACUAAGGAACAGAGUAUACAUGAAGCUUACAUCCAAGCUAUUAGCAGUGCUGAGAGAUUUAUCUAUAUCGAAAACCAAUUCUUCAUAACCUUGGCAACAGUAGAGGGUGGUACUGUGAGAAAUCGUAUAGGGGAGACACUAUUGAAAAGAAUAUUGCGAGCUCACAGAGAAGGUUCUGUAUUUCGUGUUUUCGUCGUGAUGCCUCUCCUUCCGGGAUUCGAGGGUGAAGUUGGUGGCUCCACGGGAACUGCUUUACACGCGAUAACGCAUUAUAAUUACGCAUCAAUAUCAAGGGGCAAGGAUUCUAUAUUCUACCAAUUAAUCGAUGCUGGAAUAGAAGAUCCCAGCGAGUACAUAACGUUUCAUGGCUUAAGAACGCAUUCAAGACUCAAUGGAACGAUGGUCACUGAAUUAAUCUACGUGCACAGUAAGCUGAUGAUCGUUGACGAUAGUACAGUGAUCUGUGGAUCGGCUAAUAUCAAUGAUCGUAGCAUGAUUGCUACCAGGGACAGUGAGAUCGCAGUAAUAAUUCAUGAUCAGGAAUUCGACGAGUGUACAUUGAACGGUAUUCCUUUUCAAUCUGGCAAGUUUGCUGGUUCCUUGAGAAAACAAUUAUUUCGGGAACAUUUAGGGCUAUUGCAGUCAAAUGAGAGGAUCAAUGUUGAUGAUCCUAUAACUAAGUCAUUCUAUAGAGAUAUAUGGUGCGAGAGAAGUAAGCGGAAUACUGAGAUAUUUGAAGAAGUCUUUCAUUGCAUACCAUCAGACAAAGUUGUGAACUUUGCUAUGCUUAGACUCUAUCAGGAAGAAACGCCGUUGUGCCAAUCGGAUCCCAUAUUGGCGCACCAGAUGGUCAGGAACAUCAAGGGUCACUUAGUUGACAUGCCUUUAAACUUUUUGUGCAAUGAAACACUCAAGCCGACUGCUGGUACGGUCGAGGGAAUGAUGCCUACAUCAUUGUGGACUUAAUAACACGGAUAUAUAUAAGUAUUAUUCGAUAAUUAAUUUUGUAUAAUAUUAAUCCGAUUGGAUGCUGAAAAUCACGUAGGAAAUGUUAGCAUCAACUUCCGUGAAUAAUUGUGCGUUUUUCAUCUACAUGAAACUUUAAAAUGUUGCUUCAGGAUUGUCAGUACUCUUAGUGGACAAUAUCACUUUUUCGAUAUUGGAUAAAAUAAUUAUUAAUCGACGAUCAUGUGCCCGAGUAACUAUUGUAAUUAUAGCUUUAGGUGUCUGCUUAAUUUUAAGUAGAAAUUUUCUCGAUCAUCAUUUUUCGGCGUGAGACUUGGAGUCCCCUAAAAUUCAAAGGUGAUCAAUGCUUUAUUGGAUUAUGUUAAAAAAAGCAUUUAUAUUUUUUCCAAUGAACGACUUAAGACCAUAAUACCUUCUAUUUGGGAUCAACACAAAGUAUAAUUUAAAAUUACAUUUCCAAAUUACAUUCAAUAAGCGAUUGGUAUUAUUCUACUUAAUUGUUUCAAAAAUUUAUGACUAGAACAUAACGCUUACUUGUCAAUAUUACUAUUAACAUUUCCCACUAUUUAUAUUCUUCAUGUGUACACAAUAGCUUAGAUUUUUAUACGAUCAUUAUAUCUCUAAAACAAAGUACAACAAAAACGUCCCGAUAAAUAUUAAUUUCUCUAUAAUAAGUUAAGAGCAAUAAUGUUGUUAUAUACAUAUAAGAAAAACAAUUCAAUACCAGUUAAAUUUAAUUAAAAGCCCAUAACAAAUAGUGAUGUAAAUGUAUCCUUGAAAAAAAUUGUAAAUCAAUUGUAUUUAUAAAUUUAAAUCAUGCCGGUA